UCAAGCUAGCUUGUUAGCUCUCUUACAAAGAGACGGAAGUGAUCAACACAUCGCUAAGCAGAGAUCGAGUGUGAGUGUAAAGUGUUGUGAUUGUGUGAAAAUGUGUAAAGUACAAAUGCUGAGAGCGUUGGUGAAUCAGCGACUAACUGCGGCUGUUGAAGAAAUAUUUGUAGUGUUGGAAAGAACGAUAGCAGAGUACGAGGAGGAACUUUCUCGAACAAAAGAGGAUAACGAGCGACAACGUCAACUACUGGACGCUAUUUUCAAGAAGCAUCAAGUUGUAUUACACAGAGCAGAUAUCAGUGAAGAAGACCUUCUCCCUGAGCAGCAGGAGUGGAGCUCCAGGGUGGAGCGGGAGGAGCCACAGCCCUACCACAUUAAAGACGAAGAGGAGGAGCCUGAGCCCCCCCAUGUUAAAGAGGAAGAGGAGGACCACAGCAUCAGUCAGGAGGGAGAGCAUCUUGAAGGACUGGAGGAGUUCCCCUUCAUUGGUGUCCCUGUGAAGAGUGAAGAUGAUGAAGACAAAGGUGAAAGUGAGGAGAAGAGAGAGGUGGAGCCUCCAAGCAGCAGCUCAACUCAACACAUGACAACAGAAGCUGAUGGAGACCACUGUGGAGGAUCACAAGCAGACAACCUCUUAGCUCCACUAUCAGAUAGUGACGACACAACGUCACACUCUCCUGACACUGAUGAUGAAGACUCUAAAGCUGAUAUGACAUGUCACACUGACCACACACACUUUAAAUGCUCUCAAUGUGACAAAACGUUUAAUUACCGUGGUAGUCUGAAAAGACACAUGAAGAUACACACAGGAGAGAAACCAUUCAAAUGCUCAUUUUGCGAUAAAAGAUUCACCCUAAAGGAAAAUUUGAACUCUCACAUCAGAAUACACACCGGAGAGAAACGUUUUACCUGUUCAGUGUGUGGUAAAGGUUUUUUACGCAAUCAAGGGAUGAAAAUACACAUGAGACUACACACAGGAGUAAGACCGUACACCUGUCCGUUCUGUGGGAUAGGUUUUGUCCAGAGUUCAGACUUGAAAAGACACAUGUUAAAGCACACAGGAGAGAAACCGUUUCCCUGUUUAGUCUGUGGUAAACGAUUCCCUCUAAAGUCAACUUUGAACACACACACAAAAUUACACACUAGAGAGAAACAUUUUACCUGUACACUUUGUGAUACAGGUUUUGUUAAAAAUUCAGAUUUGAAAAGACACAUGAGAAAACACACUGGUGAGAAAGUGUUUAGUUGCAGUGUGUGUGGUGAAAGAUUCUCUUAUAAGUACCAGCUUAACAAUCACAAGUGUGCUGGUGAGAACAGCAGCAGUAAAUGAAGCUGUAGGACUUGAAAUACAAACUGUCAAGACUUUGAUAACUUGGACUUUCUAGCAUCAUGUAACGUGUGACAUCAUCAUUGUGUGUGCAAUCCA